CCAUCUUACCACCAUGAGCUGGAUCUUCAGCCGAGCCACUGUCGCCGCCCUAGUUGCUGCACGCCCCGUCAUCCGGUCUUCUGUCCGGCCGGCUCUGCGAUUUGCUCCGUCGCUCCGGUUCGCUUCGACCGAUGCCGAUCUCAAGGCCACCCUCAAGGAGGAUCUGAAAAAGGCCAUGCGCAGUGGUGACAAGACCCGCACUGUUGCCAUCAAGUCGAUCCUCUCCGACAUCACAUAUGCCGAGAAGGCAGGCACCGACGUCGUCCCCUCCGUCUCGACCCUGAUCCAGCGCUCUGUCAAGAAGCGUCAGGAUGCUGCCGAGCAGUAUCGCGCUGCCGAUCGCGCCGACCUUGCCGAGAAGGAGGAGUACGAAAUCAGUGUCCUGAAGGACUAUCUGCCAAAGCAGCUAUCGGAGCAGGAGGUUGAGGUCGUUGUCCGCGCCAAGGCUGCCGAGAUCGGCGCCACGGGCGUUAAGGACCUGGGCAAGGUCAUGAAGGAGGUCGGCCCGGCCCUGGACGGCUCGGCGCCCAAGAAGCUGAUUUCGGAGGUUGUCAAGCGAGUGCUGCAGUCUUUGUAGGCGGGGACACGAUGGGAGCAGAGCGCUCAUUUCCGAGGCAACCAGCUGCUAUCUUCUGGGUCUCCAAAUACACUGGUCCGCCCCCGUGGGACCGAUUAAUUUGUA